AUGAACAAAGAAAAGGACCAGACUCUGUUCGGAGGUAGUCGCUCCUGGAAAGACGCAGACUGGACUGCAAGCGACGAUCGCGUACGCGGCGGAAAAUCACAAUCUUUCCUCGAAUGUCACAGCAGCACAGGCCGAUUCCAUGGCAAUCUCGACAUCAAAACCUUGGGUGGCGCGGGAUUUGCAAGCCAGCGGACCACGGGUGAGGAUAGAAGCUGGGAUUUGUCUAGCUAUGCAGGAAUCGUGCUCGACAUUGCAGAAGCAGACGGCAAGUAUACCUUCAUUCUCAAGGACGAACUGCUUCCCCGCAAUCCAGACAAUGGACGUGAACAAGCCACUAUCUCGUGGGAGUACGACUUCAAGCCUUGUUUCGGGGAAGGUGGUCUCGAGAAAGGUGGCCUCGUGUGGGUUCCAUGGUCUGCUUUGAAGCCGACCUAUCGCGGUAAAGAGAAGGAGCAUGCGGAUCCUAUUAAUCUCAAAACAAUCAAAAGAAUGAGUAUCAUGAUGCGAAGCUUCUUUGGCGAUCAAGAGGGACCCUUCUCUCUAACCCUUCGUUCCAUAUCUGCAGUU